UAGAAACAAAACGAGUCCAAGAUAUAGUCACCAUUCACCAAUCAACCAUCCAUUUUGUCUAUUGUCUAUGAUCGAUCACUCUUAUACACCAAAGAUAUCAUUAGCCUGAUUUAGAAACCAAUAAAUGUUGCUGCACUAGUCUAAUAAACCCAAUCAAAGAGUAUACUUGUCCAUUUCCCUAUUUGGGUCCUUAGCUGUGACAUAAUUUGUAUGGGCAGACAGCCCAAUUAGGCAGGGCGGAUGAUGCAAUCCAGUAAUAAAGCCCAAAUAGGUAUGGGCUGGGCUGGUGGAUUAAAACAAAAAGAAGGCGUAGGUUAGUAGCAGUAUAAAACCAGGAGUGUGGGCACCAGCUGCAGAAAUGGAGGGUUCUGGAAGCGCAGAGGCGGGUAUGGGAUGAACAGGGUUGAGGCUCGAAGCGGCGAUGAAGAGAGGGAGAGAGAAUCAUAGUAUGUAGAAAUGAUUUGUUUGUGAGGAUUUAUUGAAAAUCCGAUGAUGGCAAAAUGUUAGUUUUCAAUCUGAAUAAUGACUCUAUGUUUCUCUCUCUAAAUCUUCGCUGCUCGUCUCCUCUUCAUCCCAAAAACAAACAAACAAACAUACAAUUACAUAAUCAAUACGGAGUAUAUAAAUAUAAUACGCUUUCUUUCUUUCUUUCUCUCUCUCCUCCUUUUACGACAACACCCACCUCUCGUCGCUUCCCCCUCCCGAACCUUAUGAUGAUUCUCUCUGAAGGUUCCCUUUUUUUUUUUUUUUUUUUUUUUUGAGUUUUUGUUUUGUUCAACAUUUUUCCGGAACCAAGGGUUUUUCAUUUUUGAUUUUCGAUUUUACAUUAUUUUUUUUCUACACAAAAAUGUACCUUUAUCAAUUACAAGCAUGCACCGGAAAUUACUGAAUUUUCACAAGAUUUUAUUGAAGCUAGUACAGUGUGUGUUUUAUUGAAUUGGAAAGGUAGAAGUAGAGGUGUUUAGAAGUGGAUUAUGUGAUUGUAGAUUGAAUGUUGAUUCUGGUGAUUGGUGUGUUUUCCGCAAAAGCCUGAGGUCUUGAGUGCAUAGCUUAGCAACCAGAAUCAGUCAACUGUAAUACAAACCUAUUAGCUCAAUUUUGGCAGAGCAUCGUGCUGUAUUAUUGCUGCACAAUGAUGUAGGUUCGAAUCCUACAUAGGUUUUUUUAUUUUUAUAUUUACUUGCUCUAAUUAUGGAUUCCUAUUGUUGCCUAUUGAUUUCAGGCCUAGGUGGGCACUGCUUCUCUCCAUCUGGUGCUUGAUAUCACAAUCACUGAUUGACUAUACUGAAUCACUAAAUACAUUAUUUUUCAUACAAUGUCUUUGAUCAAGGCUACAAUUUUGGAUAGCAAUGCUUAUUUACUGUUAGCAACACAUUAAGAUCUUGGUAGCUAGUGAAUUCAAUUUCUUUAAUGUUACAUUGGGAUUCAAUUUCCCACUUUUGUUUAGCAUCACAUACCAAUGACUGUUUCUGUGUGUUGUCAAUACUACUAUAUAAAAUUAUCAGAGCAUUGUAGGAAUAUCAGAAAUCCAUGUCAAGGAGGUGAACAGUCUUGCCUUCUACUCCAAUAUUUUGUGCUUGAAUUUCAGGUAUAUUUGGUUGGAUCUCUUUUCUGAUGAUAUUUUCAACUUAAUCUAAUUUGUUCAAUGUUGGGAUGUGAAUUUUGUGCCCUUUUUGUUCCUUUUCAUUUUUCUAUUGCCAGAUCAUUGUGAUUCUCAUUCUCAGUUCCUUAAAUUGUGAGCAUGGCUUUUUAAGACACCAAAUUUUCCUUGUGUCUAGGCUAAAUUAAGAACAACUAAUCGAAAAAUAUGCAUUCUAUUUAUAGCUAGCUUGAUGUAAGGAAAUGCUGUAACUAAUUCCCUCUCCCUACUCUCUUGGAUCUUUGAAACAUUUUGCUCCCCCUCCUUCAACUGUGCAUGCAUCAACCUAGGAAGCUCCACAAACUAAACACAUCUCAUUUUCCCUUUCCACCUCUCCCACUUAGCAUUCAUUUUUGGGUUUUGCGCCUGAGUAAUUCUUGAUCCCAAAACUAAUCAAAUCCUUCCUAAAUCAUUUUCACAAAUGGCUUUUGGAAGGAUUCGAAAUAACAAAAGACCCUCAUCUUCCUCAAAUUCAUACCUCUCAACCAUCACUACUGUAGUCUUCAUAGGCCUCUGUGUUUUGGGUGUAUGGAUGCUCACCUCUGAUAGUAAUUUAGUCGUUGCUCCUAAAGCCACUACUCACGCUUCUACCACUGUUACACAUGAUGAAUCCAAUGAUCUUACCACCCUCAACAAAUCUAAUGAGAAGAUUAAUUCAGGGACAUUUGAAGAUAACCCCGGAGAUCUCCCCGAAGAUGCCUUAAAAACAGGCGAGUCUCAGAAAUCUCAGGAAGAGCAGAAGAUUUCAGACCAAUCAAGUACAAAGGACUACUCUAAAGAGUCUAAUGUCGGAGUUUCCUACCAACAUAUUGCGGAAAGAAAGGAUUCAACACAGGAAAAUGAACCAAAAAAUGAUGGCACUGGUAGCAAGGCGAAAGAGAAAGAACCUGAUGAUGAAAGUGCUCAGAGUCUGGGUGGCAAAGAUUCAGAACGUGAAAAGCAAAAAGAACGCCAGGAACAAGUUUCAGAAGAAAGCACGCUCACUGAGAAGCAGAACAUUCAACAAAGUGUUGUACUUGAUCAGGACAGCAACAAGCCUAAACAGCAAGAACAAGUUGUAGAGAGCAAAGAUGGUGAUCAGCAAAAUGCAAGCGAUCAAAGUAAUGAAGAGGCAACACAGAAAUAUGACAAUCAACAGGCUUUGGAAGAUGAUCAACAACAGGACAGAGAACAACAGAAAGCUGACAACCAACAGACAGUGGAGAACCAACUGGAUCAGGAACAACAAAAGUCUAUUAAUCAACAACAGACUGUAGAGGAACAGCAACAGCAGGAUGAGAAACCAAUCACAUUUAGCGAUGAGACAAAGAGUGAUCCAUCUAAACAGGAUAGCAGUGAAGAUUCAGAUGCUAAACAGGAAAAAGAAGACACAAGCAAGCAAGACAAACCGAAGGACCAACAGCAAGAAAACGAAGCUGCCAAACAGGGUGAUCCUGAGCAGGAGACUGAGGGAAAUACUCAGACAAAGGACUCAACAGGAUCAACUGAUGAUAAAUCUAAGGAGUCAAACUCACUCCCAAACUCGGGGAUUCCAAAGGAAUCCAAUGAAUCCAAAAGGUCUUGGUCGACUCAGGCAGCUCAUUCCAAUGAUGAGAAACAAAGGCGGAAGGAGAAUGUUAAAGGACAAGUUGAGGAGAGUCUAUAUGGGUACACAUGGAAACUCUGUAAUGUGACAGCAAGCUAUGACUAUAUACCUUGUUUGGACAAUGUGAAAGCACUACAAAGAUUGCGCAGUACAAAACAUUUUGAGCAUCGUGAGAGGCACUGCCCGGAGGAUCCCCCAACUUGCCUAGUGCCCAUUCCUCAAGGCUACAAAAAACCUGUCCAGUGGCCACAAAGCAGAGAUAAGAUUUGGUUUCAUAAUGUACCCCACACAGAAUUAGCAAAGGUUAAAGGCCAUCAAAACUGGGUUAAAGUUUCAGGGGAGUUCUUGACUUUUCCAGGUGGUGGAACACAAUUUAUACAUGGUGCUCUUCAUUACAUAGAUUUCAUUGAAAAGACUGUCCCAGGAAUAAAAUGGGGCAAGCACACAAGAGUAGUAUUGGAUGUUGGAUGUGGUGUUGCAAGCUUUGGAGGUUUUCUUUUUGAUAGGGAUGUACAUACAAUGUCAUUUGCGCCCAAAGAUGAACACGAGGCUCAGGUCCAGUUUGCCCUUGAGAGAGGCAUACCAGCAAUAUCUGCUGUUAUGGGUUCUCAGAGGCUUCCAUUCCCUAGCAGAGUGUUUGAUGCAGUGCAUUGUGCUCGUUGUAGAGUUCCAUGGCAUGCAGAAGGUGGUAGACUUCUACUUGAGCUGAACCGAGUACUACGACCUGGAGGGCAUUUUAUUUGGUCAGCUACACCUGUGUACCAAAAGCUUAAAGAAGACAUGGAUAUAUGGGAAGCCAUGUCUGCACUAACUGCAUCAAUGUGCUGGAAGCUUGAGAAGAAAGAGAAAGAUCCUAUAAAUAAAAUUGGAGCUGCCAUAUUCCGCAAACCAACAAACAAUGAAUGUUAUGACAAGAGAAAGGAAAAUAAACCUCCAAUGUGUAAGGCUGAUGAUGAUCCGGAUGCUGCAUGGUAUGUGCCACUGCAAGCAUGCAUGCAUCGGGUGCCGACUGAUGAGUCUGCAAGGGGAAGCAAAUGGCCAAUUAGGUGGGCUAAAAGGUUGCAAGCUCCUCCAUAUUGGUUGAACAGAACUCAGAUGGGCAUCUAUGGAAAACCAGCUCCUGAUGAUUUUGAAAAAGAUUACGAGCACUGGCAAGAUGUGAUGAACAAGUCAUAUCUGAAUGGACUUGGCAUCAGUUGGUCAAAUGUGAGGAAUGUAAUGGACAUGAGAGCGGUUUAUGGAGGAUUUGCGGCAGCAUUAAAAGACCUUAAGAUCUGGGUCCUGAAUGUUGUCAAUGUAAAUUCUCCGGACACUCUUCCCAUAAUCUUCGAAAGAGGGCUCUUCGGAAUAUAUCAUGACUGGUGUGAAUCUUUCAGCACAUAUCCUCGAACAUAUGAUCUUCUGCAUGCUGAUCAUCUUUUCUCAAAGCUGAAAGAAAGGUGCAAACUUAUGCCAGUGAUGGCAGAAAUAGAUAGAAUAGUUAGACCUGGAGGCAAGUUAAUUGUUCGUGAUGAGUCCAGUGCAAUUGGAGAAGUUGAAAACUUGUUAAAAUCACUACAUUGGGAGGUUCAUUUGGCAUUCUCCAAGGAUGAAGAAGGAAUACUCAGUGCUACAAAAUCUGAUUGGCGACCAACAUAUGAUCCGUGAUAUCUUACCUUGUAGCUUUGCAGGUGGUAAACAGCUCCAUGUAGUUCAAGAUUUGGCACAUAGCAAUACCCUGGAUUUGCAUCCCAAGGGAUUUUGUAGAAGCAAUUGCAUUUCAAAAAGCAGCUCUGUUGCUGUUUUGCCAGUCUCAAACAUAGACCAUGAGAAGGAAAACUCCAGAGAUGAAAUGCAAAGGUGUGAUACAAUGAUAUUGUAAUGUGAAGUUAAUUAGUACUGACAGUACAAGGUUGGUAGCAUUAAAGUUAGAAUGAUCGUAGUACUUUGAAAAAUUAUGGCUUGUGGGUCAAAUAUGACCGCGGCCAGAAACUCAUGUGUAUGAGAAGCUGCUAGUUGGUUAAAGUUAUGUGCGUUUGAUUGAUAGUUGGCUUAGCAGCUACAAUGCCAAUAAGCACCUUCAAUGACAGAUAUUA